GACGACUUCCUCUUUCGGUUUUGUUCCCGCUUCUAUACUUAAGUUGUUGGGAACUGAUUGAGACGUCGGUACUUUAAGCAUCACUAACAACUGCAAAUAGUAACCAUGGAUUUAUACGAAGAGGAUUUACCAUACAAGGCGCUUAUCACUGUUUUCAGCCCUUCGAUUGAAAAAGUGCUUGAACCUAAGGAUAUUUUGCCUUCUUUUCCGGACUGGCCUGAUGCCGAGCGCGAGACCAUUAGGUCAAAGCCCACGGCACCUGAACGAGCGAGGGCGUUCAUCGCCUACCUGAUUCGUGAUGAGGAACCAUUUACUUCGAUAAAAUUCACGCAGUUCCUGGAUGCCUUGAGUGGGGCUGAGUAUGUUCCACUCAGAAAAAUACUCGAUGGGGGAGAACACCAUCACUUUGAUGUCUUCAUGAAGAUCCUCAGGAUCUUUGAGGCCGAAAUAGAGAGACAUAUAGUUAUUGAUACGCCAUUGUUGAACCUUCUCAUGGAAGACAGAAUAGGCCUUCUGUCGGAGCAUGAAAAGGAAGAGGUGUUAGAUUUCGUGGACAGAGGACGCAAAAGAGAUGGUCUUUUCGCCUUGAUGAGAUGUCUGCCCCGACGAAAGGAGAACUGGCCAAAGCUGUUCAUGAUGGCACUCAAGGAGUCGGGGAACGAAACUACCAUGCGCGUAUUGUUUGGCGUCGAUGACACGGACGGCGAAGAUUUUGACUCUGUGAGAAUUCGCCAGAAAACUGACGACCUAAUUAACAAUGAUCAGCCAGAAUGUCCUCGAACAUCACGUGAUGGGAUGACGCCUGUCAGUCAGAAUAACCCAAAUCAGGGACGACCUGCUUACGAAACCUCGGGUCCUCUGAGUCUGACUACACCGACACGGCCAGUUCAGCAGCCAGUUCAGGAGGCCGCGGGACCAUCUACUUCUACCAGUGGCAACAUCCUAUCAAUGGAGGUCAACUUUGAGUCCCAUGGCGAGACAGAUAUGGACACAACGGCUGUCGCGCCUGGAGACACGUUCGGUGGUAAUCACGAGGACGACCAAACGACAGGGGCCGGUUCGAAUGUUCCAGAAACAUUCAAACUUCGUGCCUACCAGGCUGAGCUGGCCGGUCCUGGGAUUGAGGGAAAGAAUUCAAUAGUGUGUGCUCCGACAGGAAGUGGAAAGACCCAUGUAGCCUUGGCAAUCACACAGAGUCACUUGGAACGAGCUGCAAGAGGUGGCAAGGAAAACGUCCUCUUCCUGGUGGACACGGUCCACCUGAUGGACCAGCAGCUGAACGUCUUCAAGCCGCACUUACCCGCCUCUUGCAACCCAGUCGGAAUGAGUGGGAGCACAGAUACAGGGGUCGGUCUUGCACAUAUGAUGAAAGUCAGUAAAGUCAUCGUUCUAACUGCACAAAUUCUUUUAAAUUCUUUGGAAGCCGACCCUGACCACGAAUCGGAUUUUGUAUCGAUCUCACAUAUUUCUUUACUGAUCUUUGAUGAAUGUCAGAACACGACCAAGAAGCAUUGCUACAACCAGAUCAUGAAGCACUACUUGGAACACAAGUUAAACAAAACUGGGUCGCGUGCGUCGACUCUGCCUCAGAUCGUUGGUCUAACUGCUUCCCUGGGUGUCGGUCACGCGUCCACGACACAUGGCGCUGUGAAACACAUCGAAAAGGUCUGCGCCAAUCUCGACAGCACCGAAAUAUGUGUCGUCAAGGAGAACAUUGAGGAGCUCCGCGAGCAUGUGGCCACGCCUGAAAUGGAAAUGGAAACUGUGCUACCAAGGACCGAUGACCCUUGUAAGCGGAUCAUAAGCCAGCACAUGGAGGAGAUUCAUGCAAGGCUGAAGGUCCAACCAGAAUUGUACAAAAUGCCGGAGCAACACAAGUCAAAGAUACAGCUUCUACUGCAGAACAUUCCAACAGAUUUUAGCAGUGAAACGUACACCCAGUGGUGUGCCAAUCUUGGCAAGACAGUGCCAAUAGUCUUCGACCAAAUGCUAAGGAAGCCAUUCUGGACAUACCACGCUCAUCUCAAGAUUUACCAUGAUGCACUGAACAUCAAUGCCGGAGUUAGAACCAAAGACGCCCUUGAAUACAUGAACGAAAAUAUGAGCAAUCUUCAGACGCAGGGCAUGAAAGAUGACGUCGAUGACUGGCUUGAGGAGAAAUUCAGAGAGAUUGUCAAACAACUUAAACCAAUCUCGAACAACCCAGUCCACGAGAACCCUCUCCUCCAGGAACUGCGUAAGAAGAUCAUUUCCUACUCGUCCAAAGUGGAUGACUGUUGUGGGAUUAUUUUCGUGCAGACUCGGGCUGCGACGAAGCGACUGAAGAGUUGGAUGGAAGAGGAUAGCCAGUUGAUGUCCUUGAAACCAGACACCAUCAUGGGGAGUGAAGAUAUGACGCAGAACAUGCAGAUCGACGUUGUAAAAAAGUUCCGUGAUGGAAAGCAUAAGGUCCUCAUUUCGACCUCCGUAGCUGAGAAAGGGCUUGACAUUCAGCAAUGUAACUGGGUCAUCAAGUACCUCCACACAACCAAUGAGAUAGCACUUGUCCAGGCAAAAGGGCGUGCCCGGAAGAUGGACAGUCGGUUUGGUGUAGUUGCCCCCGAGGCCUCUGGCAAGGUUGAGAAAGAGAAGCUCAACCUCCUACGCGAAGCGAUGAUGAACGAAGCAGUGGAUGAAGUAUCACGGAUGAAAACAGAAUAUCUGCACUGGGAAGAGGAGAUUUUGAAUAUCCAAAAGGAGGAACUGCUACGUCAUAAGAUGGAGGAACGCGAGAAGAAAGCGCAGCGCCCUCUCAUGACAGAUGAGUACGGCGUCCAUUGUAGGAAAUGUGACAUGUUCAUCACUGUUUCAUCAGAUCUUCGGGUCUAUCAGGACACCCACUACACUUCAAUUCGGCAGGAUUUGGACACAGUUUAUGAUGUUAAACCACACCCUAAGCCAGUUAGGCUGGUCGACUUUGAGAAAACUGGUAAAGUGCACUGCAAGAAUUGCGGUUUGGAAUGGGGGAUCAUUGCUAAGCUUGUGGGCCAGGAGAUGCCCCUGUUAAAGCCACAGGGUUUGGUCUUUGUGGAUGUGAAUGGCAAGCGGAGCAUCAUCAGUAAAUGGAAGCAGUUUAGGUAUACCAUUCGACAGAUGGAUUUCAAUGACAUGUACAACUUGUAAAACCAAACUAGGACUUGGACGAUAGAUUACAAUUGUCUUGUAUGCGUUUCUCCAAAAAAAUAUAUAAUGUACAAUCAUGGUCAAAAGUUUAUGGACACCAGAUUUGCACAUUUUCUCAAAAACGGCUAAUCCUUUUUUACCCAAAUUUUAACCAAUGGUGGAGAAUCUUCUUGGCUAUCGAAUGAUAUCAUAGUUGAUAUCAGGACCAAUUGCAUAACAAAGUUAUUACAUAAUUUUGAGAGGCAUCUAUUUUUCACUUUUUGGUUGAUGGAUUUUUUUUAAAUCGAAGUAUAAAUCUUGCAUCAUACAGAUAACAAUGCUAAGACUUUCUGUGAAGAAAGUAUUUGAAAAUAUCAUUUACUUUUCAUGAUAUAUCAAAAUAUCAAAAUUUGGAGAUUCCGAAAAUUUUGAGAUUUUUCUGAUUUUUCGAUAUAUCCUAGUAGUACCCAUGUCCCCUUAAUGAAUGGUGAUUUUUUUUCUGAUUUUCAACUAAAGGAACAUCUUGAAAUUAUAAUAUGAAAAUUUUCAUACUACCAAGUAUCCACCUUUUCUCAGCAAUAUUAGUUGCUAGCUGUGCUAAAUUGGUGCCAAUCAUUAUUUGGGUAUGACUUCUCAAUGAUACA